CGAUAAUCGCACAUGGUUUAUUGUUGCGUUCGUAAUUUUAAUCACCCAUAAUAAUUAUUGUUUCACUAUUUUUUAUCGUUGCCGGCUGCCGUUCGGGUGCAGUCUCCGUCCGUCGUCCGAUCGCUUUUUUCGUGUUGGCGCGUUUUUUUUUUUCUACGUGAUCGAUCGUGCUUUUACUCCGACGGAGCUCGUCGUGGCAGUGUUGGUUAUUUUUUUUUUUAACGUCAAUCACAGUACGGCGAUCGCAGCGUGUAGUUCAGCAGGUUCACAUUUGUCGAGUGGUGCUCAGCUCGUGUCCGGCGUGAAAACGUUCCAGCGACGAUCAUCGUAAGACGUCAUCGUAGUCUUUUCGUCCUAUACCUACGGAAUCUAUAAAAACUAAGAAAGACAUUAUUUAUUAUGGAACAGCAAGAAAAAUUAUUAGUGAUUCCAGUAAAAUCCAAGGAUGUUCAUAAUAUAUUACACAGCUCCAGAAAGUUGACGAUACCACUUAAUACCUAUAGCAAUCAACCUUGCUGAAACUACAACAUACAAUUGACUUGCUGCACGAGUAGUGGACUAGUUUGCCUGUAACUGGCAAUCAUUACAUGAAUAUAUUAUUUUGUGGUGACUCAAGGUCUUUUUUGUGAGUGUUCCACGUACGCCAUCAUCAUUGCGGCACCUUCACAGAUCGGGCACAUAACGUUCGGACCACCAUUGUUUCAUCUUUGUCGCUUUAUCAACGUCCAUAGUUUGUCAAAAUGUCCAAAACAUAUAACUUAAUCUGUGAUAAGAAAAAUAAUGCACAAAAAUCGAAGUCUGCUGCUGAAGAAAAAUUUGUUGGUGUUAUUGAUGAAGGCGUUAGCAGUACACGUUUCUUGGUUUUUUCAUCAAAAACUCAACUGCCAGUAGCCAGCCAUGAAAUAAGUUUAACCAACAUAAGCGGAUAUGAAGGAUGGGUGGAACAAGAUCCAGAGAAUAUACUAAUUGAAGUAAAAAGAACCAUAGUUGUAACAUGCAAUAAACUCAAAAAGAUAAACAUAUCACCUUCAGCUAUUGCUGCGAUAGGCGUGACAAAUCAACGAGAUACGACUUUAGUGUGGGACAAGUAUACAGGGUCACCACUAUACAAUGCUAUAGUAUGGAUGGAUGUGAUGACUACACAAUCAAUAGUUAAUAGAUUCAUCAACAAACGAAUUCCUAACUGUGAUACAUUGGAUGAACAAAAAAGACAUUUGCAUUACAAAAGCGGUUCGACAAUAAAUCCAUACUUCAGUGUAGUCAAAUUGAUUUGGUUAAUGGAAAACAUACCUCAAGUUUCAAAAGCUAUUCAAGAAGAAAGAUGUAUGUUUGGUACAAUGGAUUCAUGGCUAAUUUGGAAUCUUACUGGUGGUAUAAAUGGUGGAGUUCAUAUAACUGAUGUUACUAAUGCUUCUCGGACCAUGCUGAUGAAUAUUCACUCAUUAAGAUGGGAUAAGACUUUGAUUGAAUUUUUUGAUAUACCCAAGUCUCUGAUACUCCCCGAUAUAAGGAGUUGUUCCGAGGUAUAUGGGUUUAUGGCUGGUGGACCAUUCAUUAAAACGCCAAUAUCAGGGUGCAUUGGUGAUCAUCAAGGAGCACUGCUGGGUCAGCUAUGUUUCACAGCUGGCCAAGCUAAGUGCACAUUUGGUUCUAACUGCUUUUUGCUAUAUAACACUGGUCGCAAGCCAGUGAUUUCUACUCAUGGCCUUUUAACUACCGUCGCUUACAAGAUAGGCAAACACUCCGAUCCUAUUUAUGCACUUGAAGGAUCUGUAGUUGUAGCUGAAAAUACUACUGAGUGGUUGAAAGAUAAUCUGUGGAUCAUGGAUGUUUACAAGAGCAAAGAGGCUGAGAAAGACAAAAAAAAUAUUUAUUUUGUUCCCCCUUUUCCUGAGCUUUAUGCACCGUUCUGGAUAACUGGCACAGAUGGUAAAUGCACUGGGGUGACUAUGGAGACAACAGAAGCACAUCUAAUGCGAGAAACUCUUGAAGGAAUCUGUUUUCAGACAAAAGAGGUUAUGCAAUCUAUGCAGUCAGACACUGGACAUCCUGUGAUGGCAUUGAAUGUAGAUGGUGGUAUGUCUACUAACGAUACAUUUUUGAAGAUUCUUACAAAUAUUUGUUGUCUUCCCGUAGGGCGCCCUAAAAUAUUAGAAACUACAGCUCUAGGCGCUGCAUUGGCCGCUGGUUUUGCUGUUGGCGUAUGGAAUAUAAACAGUGUUGAAUCAGACUAUGACACUUUUGUUCACACUGUAUCAAUAGAAGAACAAAAAUCUGAAUAUGUUUCACUAAAAAACACCAAAGAUACGAAUAAGGGUUUGAACAAAAUUGAUGAAGAAAAUGAAUAUGAUGAUUUUGCUGGUUUUUAGCCAUUACGAAUUAUCAAAAGUUGAGUUAUAAAAAGUAUAUGUGAAUUUUAACAUUAUUGUGUUGAAAUUAAAAGUUAAUUGUAUUAAAUUGAAUGCAGUAUUUUAUGUUAUGUAUAUUUAU